CUGACGUCAUCGACAUAGUUAGUCUAUGGACUUUGUUGACAUUAUUUUUAUUUGAGUUUGAGUAGCAAAUUGUGCAGUGUUUAUAAAAGUGCAAUGUAAAUGAUAACACACAAAUACAAUAAAUAAAUUGAAGUGUACGUUAAUCGCUUACUUCGAUUUCCUCGUCAGUUGUGUAAAAAAGACUCCCAAGAUGGCGGAUAAGGUAUUGGACGAGAAGACCUGGCCGCAAGAGGCCGAGGCAGCCAUCAAUGAUAUCCGCAAGCACGUGAUGGUUGCUUUCGUAUCUUCGGAGCUGCACAACACCAACCAGCGCAUCUACAUCAACCUCACCACGCUGGAGAGCUCAGAGUUCUGUAUUGAAAUGUCAGCCAACGGCUUUCGGGUCGUGGGCAGAAAGUAUGAUGACACCAGUCUGUCCAGCAUAGAGAACAUGAACUAUGAGACUCCGUACGCCUUGCUGAAUAACAUCAGCCAGAAGUACAGGGAGUCCUUCGGCGGGGAGCUCAUGAACAAGCUGCUGGACCUGGCUGCCCGCAACUCUGAAGGCUGAACCCGUGGCGGUACGCUGUAGUCCUGUGUCGAACGUAGGCCUAUCCACGCCCCCAUGACAAAGUUGUUUGCUUGAGCAAAUGCAUUUGGUUACUACUUGAUCUAUAAAUGUUUAUACGCAUAAAUAUUGUGUGUAAUGUUGUAUUUAAAAAAUAGGUUUAUUCAAAUAUUAAAUGUUCACAUAAAUAUCAAAAGUAUUAUAAGUAAGGGAACUUGAACAAACCAGGGUGUAACAAGUCGAUUGGGUACAUAUAUAUUGUAAACUUUAUCGAUUUUUGAUUGUUGAAUUUUACUGUGGAAAUGUGUCAAAAUAUCAACUAUCAGUAUUCACGUGUGCUAUAAUAAAUGUUUAUAUAACUGUUAGAACUUUAGUAUUACAAAGUGUUUAGUGUUGGAUGCAAUCUCUGUUAGCAUUACACUAAUAUAGUAAAUAUGUCUUUCUCCAUAUAAAUUUGUGUGUUGCAUAUAUGUUGUGGGUUACUUUGUGUGUACAAGUAGCUAAUAUUGGAUUAUUUUGUAAACAAAUAAUACAAACUUCCCCUCGAUUAUUAAUUUAAAUAAUGUGCCGACUAGAUCGCAUUCUUGCGCCGGAUUAGUGUUAGAACAUGGUCUCACACUCAUUGUGGUACUGUCGAGCGCACACUUGAAUGCAUGCCGCGGGCCGAGUGGCAAAGCACGGUAGCUUACAAAUUACGCGCUUCCUGGCGAGACUGACAGUCGGCGGACUUCUUAAGUACUACAACAAGAUUCGAUUCAAGCAUUACGCAACUGUAAGGCGCCAUUAUAAUAUGAAAGCCAGCCUAAACAAUAACACUAGUCGAUGUUUCUCAAACAAUAGAUAUAUCAACGAGGCCAGUAUAGUUAUAAAACGUGAACAAUAUGGAUAUACUUGUCACAGUUUGUGACUAAUGUGAGAAUCGAGUCACUAGAGUACGUGUGGUACAAGGCAGCUAUUGUUGAAGUAUUUGAAGUACCAAGUGCCAUGGCGUCGCGGGUCGCUUGCAGUCUUGUGUGCUUCACACAGCAUUUUAUUAGUACAAUCGUCGACGGACUGAGUACAAACAUAUUGUGUAUCUCUUAGUUUGGGUGCGUGGUACCAGUAGCGGACUAUUUUAUUGUCAUUUGUUAUAGGGGCUUAUCAUGGUAAUAAACCAUUUCGUCUGUUUCUGUACUUACAGUAUUUGCAUAUUGUAUAAUCUUUGGAUAGAUUUAUCGGGUUAUUGUUUGUUAGCGCGGCCUAAAUUUUGUAGUUUUCUUACAUAAAUAUUAUAAAUGUUUAAUGUUCUCGUGGCAGCUACAGCCGCAUGCACCCAAACUAGCAACUCUUUAGACGUAAUAUACACAAUUAGCGUAGUGAACUUGUUUGUGAUAGUAAAAUAAAUUCAUAUAU